CCAGGGAAGCCAGGGAGGCAGAAUUUAGAUGGUCACCAGUUCACACACCUGUCCCAGGAUCCCUUUCAACAUCCAGUCAGCAGGUAGGAGAACUCCAACAGCCCAUGAAUCUUGCUCCCAUGCCCCCAGAUUGUGUUUUGGGAAAUUAGGCAAACUAAAUAGAGAUCUUGUGUGUCUUGCUCAGUGGUACCCAGAACAAUGGCUGGCACUCGGCAGGCACUCGGUGUCGAUCUUUUGAUGAAUAAAUGAAUAAACUAAUUUUUAGUAGCCUGCUUCCUGGAUGCUCACUUGUCUGAUGAAUGAGGAUCCUGCCUGGGCAGCAUCAGCUGCUUAUUCCUCAAUCACUGCUCUGCUCGUGUCCCCAAGCACUCCACCUCUGCCUCUGGCAGAGCAUGAAGACAGCUAUAUCUGCCUAAAUUAAAAUUGCACCCAUAUUCUGACUCGGCAAGUCCACUUGUAGAUAGGCAGCCUGUGGCAUGUACCCGGCACUGUGGCUAUGACCAUCCCAGCAAGGCCUGUGAGCAAGAGUGGGAAUUCCCCUUACAUGUCCACGAGCGGAGAGAGGCAAAGGAAAGAAAGCCUUCCUAUUACAAUACAUGGAGGUGUGUGCGCACCCCUUAAAAAGAAACCAGACAGAGAGGAGUGUUCUGGCAUGAGGUGAAUGCCAAGGAACUUUGCUGAAUGAAAAAGCAGGGUGUCCAACAGAAUAGAACAGGUUCCCUUUUGUGGAAAUGCACAGUGUACACACCUGUCUAUACCUUUCUAUGGAAAUGUACGCAAGGUUAGUGCUUUUCUCAGGGAAGGGGUUAGUUGUCACUGUAGACACCCCUGAAGUCUCGAGUGAUGGUGCUGGGGGUGGCAGCCAACGUCUAGUGAGCGGCCAUCAUGUGUCCUGCAGUUGUGUACACUUCACACCAAUUAUCUGAUUAGAGCUUUACACAAUCCCAUGAAACAGUAUCAUCUGUUGUUUACAGAAAACUAAGGCACAGAGAGGUUAAACACUAUAGCGAAGAUGACCUAAAAUACGGAGACACCUGGCUUAGAGCUCAGGGAGCCUGAUCCCCAAACCGAUGCUGUUAACACAGUGCACAUAUAACUUUUCAUUAAAAAACAAGUCCCUAAGAAAUUUCUGGUCCAAAUAUUUCUUCAUCCACCGGGUCCCAUGACUGUCAGACAUGGGCUGGACCUCAGAGGCAAGCCGCUGCUCUCACGACGGGGAGACGGAGGCUCCGAGGGGGGUUGGAACUCUUUCCGUCCGGGGCGCGGAGACCCCCCUCGCCCCCGCGCCCCAGAAGCGACGUGCGUGGUCGGCGAGCGCCGGGGCGCUUCCCGGCGUCCCGGGAGGGAGCCCGGCUUAUGAAAGGCAGCUCCCAGCUCGGUUCCGAAGCGGGUCCGGGAGCCGGCUUCCCUCUGGGCCCCGAGGCGAGCCCGGCGGGCGGCUCCUCCCGGUGGGGUGACCGCGCGGGGCCGCCCCGGCCCGGGGGCGGGACCCGGGAGGGCGGCGCGCGGCGCGGGCGGCGGGCGGAGCGCGGGCAGAGGUGCCCCGAGGCUGCGGCGUUGUGGGGCGGCGGCGCCGCCCGACCUUCGGCGUCCCCGGGACCCCCGGGCGGCGGUGAGGCGGCGACGGCGGCGCGGACGGGCAGGCGAAGCUGAGCUGGCUGCUCCAGGAUGCACCACAGCUCUGAGAAGGGGAAGCAGAAAUCCUGCUGGCUCUGCUAUGGCGUGUGAACCGCAGAUGGACCCCGGCGGGGCGGCUGGCCCCUUGCCCACCUCCUCCCCUGGGUGGAGCGCCCUGCCUGGCGGGAGCCCUCCUGGCUGGGGGCAAGAGCUCCACAACGGCCAGGUCCUCACAGUUCUCCGGAUUGACAAUACCUGUGCACCCAUCUCCUUCGAUCUGGGAGCCGCCGAAGAACAACUGCAGACCUGGGGCAUUCAGGUCCCGGCUGAGCAGUACAGGAGCCUGGCUGAGAGUGCCCUCUUGGAGCCCCAAGUGAGAAGAUACAUCAUCUACAACUCGAGGCCUAUGCGGCUGGCCUUCGCUGUGGUGUUCUACGUGGUGGUAUGGGCCAACAUCUACUCCACCAGCCAGAUGUUCGCCCUGGGGAACCACUGGGUGGGUGUGCUGCUCGUGACCCUGGCUGCCAUGAGCCUGACCCUGACUCUUGUGCUCAUUUUCGAGAGACACCAGAGGAAGGCCAACGCCAACACGGAUCUGAGGCUGGCGGCUGCCAACGGAGCCCUCCUGAGACACCGGGUGCUGUUGGGGGUGACAGACACGGUGGAAGGCUGCCAGAGUGUGAUUCAGCUCUGGUUUGUCUACUUCGACCUGGAGACCUGUGUGCAGUUUUUGUCCGACCAUGUUCGAGAAAUGAAGACGAGCCAAGAGUCCUUGCUGAGAAGCAGAUUGAGCCAGCUGUGUGUUGUCAUGGAGACUGGGGUGAGCCCCACGGUGGCCGAGGGGCCGGAGAACCUGCUGGAGGAAGCUCCUCUCCUGCCCAGCAGUCCUCGUCCCACGGAGAGGCCACUCAUGCAGACUGAGCUUCGCCAGCUUAUUCCUGAGGCUGAGCCGGAGGAAAUGGCCCAGCAGCUGCUGGCAGUGUUUGGUGGCUACUACAUCCGGCUCCUGGUGACCUCUCAGCUCCCCCAGGCAUUGGGCACACGACACACAGACUCUCCAAGGAUUCCAUGCCCCUGCCAGCUCAUAGAAGCCCACAUCCUGGGCACAGGGUGCUGCCCAUUCCUGGCCAGGUGACCUAGGGACGAAGGUACUCAUCUUCUUCCAAGGCUGAAGGUGAGAAGUCAGGGAGGCCUCAGGAGCCCAAGGUGGCCGACGGUGAGCCCUAGGCGAGGAGAGCAGCAUCUGGGGGCACUCUGAGGCUGUCAGUCGUGUCAGCACUGCGAAUAUUGUGCUCACCCCAGGACCCUGCACGAGAAUGGCUUGUCAACAUCCCACACUGGCCCCUGGCCUUUGCAGAAGCCGAUGGUCCCACUCUGAGGUACUUUCUGUGCUGCUUAGAACUGUGGGCAUGGAUGAAAGGGCCACCCGCACAUCCCUUUCAUUGUCUGGAGAGCCCAGGAAAUGUGAAGAUGACCAGACUGGACUGAAUGUGUGUCCAAAGCUUGGUCUCGGGUGAUGCUUCUGUCCCCACCCCCUUCUUGUCAGAUGGAGACUCAGGGAGGACACUGCUCUUUGUGGCAUCGCCUUGGGCCCCUUAGAUUAUAAGAAGCCUCUUCCCAAUCUGAAGUGAAGAAGUAAAUUCUGAGAAUGUUCUCCAUCUUUAAGUUGUUUCUUUCCUACAUUUUCUGAAAAAAGAUGGCGCUUGGGCUUCUAUGCUAGCACACAGGCCUUGAGGAGUAGGAAACAGACGGCCUGUAACUGCUAAUGGGAAUAUUUGGAAGAGACUGAUCCUGUCUGAUUGGAGGCCAUAUUUUGUUCACAGCAUGCUUGCUUGUGGGAUGGUUUCAUACUGCAGACGGAGAAUGGCCGUGUGUUCCCUGACACUAACACUGUCCUGGAGUGAAGCGUAAUCUGUCACUUGUGGAAUUCCAUGAAGAGCUCAGAGGCUGCCAGGUGCUCUGCUUCUGAACAAGUUUGAAGACCCGUUGUUCCCUAGGCCCAAAUCCAAAAGCCCUAGCCUGGCAUUUAAAGGCUCCCCAGCACCUAAGACCUGGCCUUCAUCUGCAAUUUUGGCUUCAUCGCCCAUAAAAAUCCUUCGUAGGUUGAAACUCUUUUCCUGGACUGACAUACCUGUUCCUUUGUAUGUGCUGGACUCCUAUGCAUGCUUUUGUAAAAAAAAAUUUUUUUUUAAUUGAGGUAUGGUUGACGUAAGAUAUAUACAAGGUUCAGGUGUACAACAUAGUGAUUCACCAUUUUUAAAUGUUAUACUCCACUUAUAGUUAUUAUAAAAUAUUGACUGUAUCCCCUGUGUUGUACAAUAUAUCUCUGUAGCUUAUUUAUUUUAUACAUGGUAAUUUGUACCUCUUAUCCCCUCCCCCUAUCUUGCCCCUCCCCCUCCUAUGCAUGCUUUAAUGCUCAGUUUUCCUUAUCCCUCCUUCAGGAAGCCUUUCAACAUAGCCAGACCUGCCACUCUCUGCCUCCUUUAUUUUUUUAUUUUUAUUUUUUAAAAAUUACCUCUUAAUCCAUGAAUCCAAAUCAUCUCACUUUUUUUUUUUUUCCCCACGCCACGUGGCUUGCGGGAUCGUAGUUCCCCGACCUUGGAUUGAACCCAGGCCACUGCAGUGAAAACACCGAGUCCUAACCACUGGACCGCCAGGGAAUUCCUGACUCUGCGGCCUUUAAAUUCUUGAUAUAGUUGCUGCUUUUACUCAUGUUUUAUGUUAUUGAUUCUGUUUUCCUGUGCAUAUACCUAUUCUUCUAGCUAGACUAUAAGCUCCUCAAGGACAAAGACUGCACCUUGUACUUUUUGUGCAUGACCUGGACUUGCUAAGGAAAAAAAUCCUGUGGACUGAGUGCUUUGUCAUCUCUAUAGUAGCUUUUGCAAAUUACUCUCUGUACUCAGUUGAAUGAUGAAGUUGUCACAGACUGGGGUUCUGGUCCUGAACUGCCACUUUUAGCUAUGUAACUUUAGGCUGGUCCUCAGUCUACACAUCUGUAUAGUGGGUAGAUUGGAUGAUUCUUAAUGGCCCUUUCAAAGCCAAAGAUCUGGGAAUUUCCAUCUUUUUCUGUUCCAUUUUAACCCUUGGCCUUUCUCUCUGUUAUGCCUUUAUCUACAAUGCAGAAAGGUUCUAUAGACCCACACAGGUGAGGUGUCCCAGACCUGAUACCCCUUUGGAUGGAACACUGGCCUAGCCAGCAGGAGAGCUGUAUUCUCAUUUCAGAUCUGCUACUUCUUAGCAGUGUGACCUUGGCUAGGUUAACCUCUCUGAAUGUCAGUUCACUCUAUAAAUGAAUCUGGUGAACGUGAAAUGUAAUUAUGUGGGUGACUUACCAUGUAAGAGAUGAAUCUGACUGUUCACUUUCUCUGGGCCAGAGAAGAGAAAUCAUGUACAUAGACCAGCCCUUGGAAAUGGCUCUUUUAGGCAUUUCUCGUCAGCCGACAAAUGCUGUGGCCCGCUUUGCUCAAUGAGAAUUAUUCAUGAAGGCGAUCAUUGUCUUCCUCACCUGCCACAGCGGAAGUGUGGGCUGUGAAUGUGAUCAAUAGUAGCCCAUAUUUAUCAUCCAACCAUAAAACCCUGGUAAGUAUAAUAACAGAGAAUAAAAAUGUGUGUGUUUUGACCAAA